GCCCUCGCCCCCUGUCCGCCCUCCCCCAAUGGUGAUCGACGCGUGGACCCGACGGGCGCCAGGGCCCGUAUGCAGGGACGGUGGCACUCUGCAGAGACUGCAGAGGAGGUUCUCCCGAUGCCCCGAGUCGCCCCUGCCGGCCUGCCCUCCGGCUCCCAAUUCCCCAAACCCUACGCGGCGGCGCGCGGCACGGCGGCCGGCGGCGAGGGCAGGCACGGCGAGGCGCAGCCUCGGAGGGCCGGAGCCCGGAGUGGCCGCGAGCAACGGCUGGCCGCUGGCCGGCAGCUCGGCCUCGGCCGCUCGGCAGCAGCAGCACCGCACCGCAGCAGGCGCAACCGCCCAAGCAUUCAAGAAAGGGGCAAGCCGGCAAGGGCAACCGAGCCCUUAACAUAAUGUUACUCAAAAUUCGUCCUUUUUUUUUGCUGAAAAUUGUAAUUGGAAUUUUCGAAAUUAAUGAAAAGUUCACCACAAUGUAGUAUCACAAUGAACAAUUUCAGAUGUUCCCACUUUGAUAGGUUGAUCAUUUAGUAAAUCUGUUAUCUAUAUGUUGAACAAUUUCAAGUUAUGACCAAUUUAUGUUGUCGGUACUCAAUUAUGUGCUAUUAAUAUUUACUUCGGGCUGUCAAUUUUUUUUUACACCAUUUGAAUUUUGAAUACCCACCUCCUAAAUCCUACACCCGGCCCUGCUUAUGGGCUUUUUGCUCAAUUUGUUGGGCUCCAAAUCAUCCUUCAUGUGGAAGGAUAUCUCAACACAUGAACUACCACAACUUUGAACCCUUGGGCAAAUAGCAAAGCUCUUUGCGUGACAGUGAUGAUAUUCCAUGUUCCAUCCCUUGCCUGGUCCUUGGAUCAGAGGAUUCCUGCCCUCCCUUGCCUGGUCCUUUGAUCAGAGGAUUCCUGCGGCCUGCCCUGUCCCAGUGACCUUAACUUGGGAUCGAUGCUAGCUUGAGCCAUUUGGUUCAGUACCACUUUGUUUCAGAAAGCUAACCAUGUCCUUUUCUUAACAUACCAGAUGUGUUUAGCUAUAAACAUCAACCAGCGCACGUGCACACCCCCUGCUAUAGGAACAAAGAGAGUGAAAUAGUGAAUGGGCCUCUCAAGUGUGGUGCGGUUGUGGGAAGAGUGGCAGCUGCGCAUCCUUGUCUUGGGCAGCCUCUGCAUCCUGUGCUUCCUUGCAGCAUUUGCCAGUGCUCGUAAGUCACAUAUUCGGCCUCUAUUCAGAUUUUCCAUCUGGUUGUCAUACCUAGGCAGUGAUGCUUUGGCAAUAUACGCCCUCGCAACGCUUUUCAACCGCCAAAGGAAGCUGCAGCACAGUUCUGCGGUUAGUACUAGUCAUGACCUAGAGGUGUUAUGGACAUCCGUUCUGCUAAUGCACCUUGGAGGACAGGUUACCAUUACGGCAUACAACAUUGAAGACAACGAACUUUGGAAACGGCACGUUUUGACAACAAUAUCCCAGGUCACAGUGGCUAUCUAUGUGUUCUGUAAGUCAUGGUCUCCCUCGUCUGAUAUGAGGUUACUUGCGACAGCAAUCCUGGUUUUCGUUCCUGGGGUUUUCAAAUGUUUUGAGAAGCCCUUGGCUCUCAAAUGUGCUAGCUUUGAUGGCCUAGUUAGCUCUUGGUUUCCCGACAAUAGCAGGACUACAUCCACAAACAGAGAACUCGAGCUUGAAGAAUACGUACAAAAAGCCAGGGAUUCUGUUAAGCGCAACAAAAUUCCUGCAGAAUUAGAGUAUCACGUGAAACCUCGCCCAAGAUUCUUCAAAAAGAAACGCCUCCGUGUAGUGCCUGAUAAGCUUUUUACAGAUGUCAUGUAUCCCUAUUCAGACCGUUUAGCUAACUUGAACUCCUUCUGGUCGCUCCCUGAUGAACGAGCUUACAUGGCACUAAGGGAUGGGCUCUCGAUUCUCUUUGAUCUUGUUUACAUGAAGGAUUUGAGUACCAAAUCAGUUUACAAGUCUUAUUACUAUUGUGCUUAUUGCACACGGGUGUCUAGUAUCAUACUGCCAAUCGUGGCCAUUGGUCUCUUUCACAGUAGCCAUAAAAAGGUUUAUAGGGGCAGCGAUGUUAUUGUCACAUAUGUACUAUUGUACAUCACAUUUUUCAUAGAGAUCUUCUCACUCAUCAGACUUUCAUCAAAAUUUAGUUGGGGCUGGCCUGAAACGGUUCACCAGCAUAGUCUUGUCAGAUUCUUUGCCCGCAACAAGAGGCACACCUGGUUGAUGAGCAUCAUGGGAUGCUUACAGCUGAAAAACUUUCUUAACAAAUACUGGUGUACCUGCAGCUCAGCUAGAGCCAUUACAAACUUAGUUUGUGGUCAUGUCAAAGAUGGAUGGCUGUAUUACAUAUUGGAUGCUGAGAGUUACAGGGCAUUCAGCGACAGCAGGGGCCAUUGGACACUAAAGGAGAAGGGAUGUGGGCAACUCAUCAGUGAGAGCAUAGAGAAGCCAUUUGAUGAAAGCAUCCUUCUGUGGCACGUGGCAACCGAUUUUUGCUUUCAUAGUAAGGGUGCGUCUCCUGAUCAAGAAUGUGCUAGCCGGGGCAGAGAAAUCUCCAACUACAUGAUGCAUCUACUGUUUGCUAACCCAGAUAUGUUAAUGCCUGGCAGCAGAACGAACCUGUUCACAGCUGCCUACAAAGAAAUAGAGGACCUCCUGCAUGGUGAAGAUCUGCCUCUAGGGGACGAGAAGGAACUUGCACAGAAGAUAACUGAUAAGGUUGCUUCAAGUUCCAGUUCCAGAGAAGGCUUUAUUCAUGACGCCUGGGUUCUUUCUCAAGAGCUGAUGCGAUUAGGAGAUGAGCAGAGGAUGUGGGAGGUGAUAGAAGCUGUGUGGGUGGAGAUGAUCUGCUUUUCUGCUGGUAGAUGCAGGGGUUUCCUGCACGCCAAAAGCCUUGGCUCAGGCGGGGAGUACCUCUCCUUCAUCUGGCUCCUGAUGUCGCACGUAGGAUUGGAGACAUUUGCAGAGAGGCAGCAGAGGGUGCAGCUUCGGCUUCCGAAAGAGGAGAGAGUGAAAAUUGCAAUGCAAAGAAUACAAGAAGCUGCAAGUAACCAAGCUACUGACGCAUCGACUGCACAAGGCAUGGUUCCUGUGAAGGAAGAAGAGAACGCCGCCACUCCAGCAGCAGCUUCUGAAGCCGAUGGGACACUAAAGCAAGAAGGGAACUCUGCUACUACAUCGGCUUCACAAGGUAAACACCCAUUGUAUACAUCGGUGUACUGGAUAGGCAUGAGUUCAGCAAGACUGUCUUCCCACCAGAGGCCAAAGUAUCACCUUUCCAAGACCCAAGACGUCUUCUUGCUUUGUCAACCACAAAUUUUAACUAGGCCUUGGUUAUCUUAAUGUCAUUAACUGGCAUUCCAAGGUAAGUCAUAGGCCAUGCCCCCACUUUGCAACCAAAAAACUCUGCAAUCCUGAUAUGUUCAUUAUCUGCAAUUCCUACCACAAAGGCCUCACUCUUCUCAUAAUUAAUUUUCAUCCCUGACAUUGACUCAAAACAAUAGAGAAUAAACUUCAGAUUUCUUAA